GCCGGUCCGCAAGCACUCGCCCCCCGAUUCCCGAUCUGAACUCGCCGGCAGCCGCCUCCCGCAUCCCGCCUACCUCUGUGCCUCGCCGGCCACUCGUCGUCGCCGCCUCCCGCCUGCCCCCGUGGUUCCGUGCCUCGUCGCGCCCUCCCACGCACACUGCUGCCGCGCCCGUGCAGUCUACUGCUCCCAGCCUCCCAGUCCGCAGACCGCAGCAGUCCGGCGGUGCGCAGCCAGCCGCCGCGCAGGCGUGCAGCAAAGCUUCUCCCCAGCGGUGCAGCCUGCACCCUGCAGCAACAGCAGCAGCCUGCAGCCACCCAUCCCACGACUCAACACAGAACACAGGGAUGAGUUCAACCUCUACUAACCUCGACAAAUUUUGGGUCUGCCCGUGCACACCAUCUAGAUCCACCCUUGGAAGUGGUAGCUGCAGCAACUGCUAAGAGGUGUUGAAGAGUUACCCUUUGCCCUUCUGAAAUCUAUUAUUUUUUGAAGCUGAAGUGAUCAAUUCUCAGACUCUUGAGCACAUUUGAUAACAAUUCCUCAUUCCCAUGAAAUGUCACUGCUUAGUAGAUUCUUCUACAAGAGGCCUCCCGAUGGAUUACUGGAGUUCAUUGACAGGAUCUAUGUUUUUGAUUCAUGCUUCUGCACUGAAGUUUUGCCGCAUGGAAUGUACCCAGUCUAUUUGAAUGGAAUUCUUACAGAGUUGCAUGAAGAGCACGCAGAUUCUCAAUUUCUGGCGAUUAACUUUAGAGAUGGGGAUAAGAGAAGCCAGCUUGCUGAUAUCCUACAUGAAUACGACAUUCCAGUAAUUGACUACCCACGCCAUUUUGAAGGCUGCCCAGUGCUUCCUCUAUCUCUUAUUCAACAUUUUCUUCGUGUCUGUGAACACUGGCUAUCUACUGGGAACAGCCAAAAUAUUAUACUACUACAUUGUGAGAGAGGGGGCUGGCCAUCAUUGGCAUUUCUGCUAUCUUGUUUUCUUAUUUUCAAGAAAUUGCACAGUGCAGAACAUAAAACUCUGGAUAUUGUUCACCGUGAGGCCCCUAAAGGGUUCCUACAGCUAUUUUCUGCACUCAACCCAAUGCCCUCUCAGCUCCGAUAUAUGCAGUAUGUAGCCAGAAGAAAUAUCUCUCCGGAGUGGCCUCCUAUGGAGCGGGCACUCUCUUUGGAUUGUCUGAUCCUUCGAGCUAUUCCAAAUUUCGAUUCUGAUAAUGGAUGUAGGCCAUUGAUCCGAAUUUUUGGUCGAAAUCUUCUUGGCAAGAAUGCUAGCAUGACCGACAUGAUUUUUUCAAUGCCUAAGAAGAAGACCCUGCGCCACUAUCGGCAGGAGGACUGUGAUGUGAUAAAAAUUGAUAUCCAGUGUCCAGUCCAGGGAGAUGUUGUUCUGGAGUGUGUGCAUCUUGAUCUUGAUCCAGAAAAGGAAGUUAUGAUGUUCCGGAUAAUGUUUAAUACUGCUUUUAUUCGUUCAAAUGUACUGAUGCUGAAUAGCGAUGAUGUUGAUAUACUCUGGGGUUCAAAAGAUCGGUACCCGAGGAAUUUUAGAGCAGAGGUACUGUUUUGUGAAAUUGGGGGCAUUUCUCCUCCAAGGGCUCCAACAGCAACAUUGAACGGUGAUAUGAAAGGUGGUUUACCAAUUGAAGCCUUUUCAGCUGUUCAAGAACUCUUCAAUGAUGUUGAAUGGAUGGAAAGCGGUGAUAAUGCUGCCUCUUGGUUGCUCAAAGAAUUCUCAGCAAACUCGCUGCAAGAUAAAUUUCAAAAGCUAAUACUCAGCGACAUGAAAGAGCUUUCGAAGUUCCAAGCUAAAGUUGGCCUCCAGAUGCCACUAAUGUCUCCACUGGAUUCUGACGAAGAAAAAUAUUCUGCAGCUUCUGAUUCCGGUUAUUCAGCAGAUUAUGAUAAGGUUCAACAUGGUGGGAACUCAUCGGACUCAGAGAACAUUGAUCGUGCUCAUACCACUGAAGAUUCUGAAUCUAUUGCUACUUCCUCAGGGAACACUUCAUCGCCCCCUCCUCCACAUGGUAGAUCUUGUGGCCUUUCAACUGAACAAAGUUUGCUGCCAGCAGAAAUACAGCAGGAGUUACCAAGUAGCUGGCAGCCGCCACCACUAUCAACAGAAAAUGGAGAUAAGCAUGUUAUCUCGGCACAGGUGUCACCACCACCAGCAGCAAAUGAAAGCAAGCCUACUUUCUCAGCGCCGCCACCGCCACCACCACCACCACCACUAAGUGGCAGCAAACCUGCUUCCUCGGCAGCGCCGCCGCCGCCGCCGCCGCCACCACCACUACCAACUGGCAGCAAACCUGUUUCCUCGGCAACGGCACCGCCGCCACCACCACCACCACCGCCGCCGCCGCCAAGUGGCAGCAAACCUUUUUUCUCACCGCCGCCGCCACCACCACCACCACCACCUCAUAUUAGUAACGUAUCUUCUCCACCGCCUCCACCACCGCCACCCUUGGCAAAUUCUCGGACAGGAGCACCUCUAUCUGCAUCGAUCCUGCAGCCUCGGCAAAAUGUUCAACGUCAUCCAGUCCCACCACCUCCACCACCUCCUCCCCAAGCUCAAGGAGUAGCUAAGAAAUGCCCUCCGCCGCCUCCACCCCCACCCCGCCCCCCUCCCUCUUCUGACAGAACAUCUACAACUACUGGCACUCUGUCGAAAGGGCCACCUCCUCCACCACCUCCACCUCCACCUGGUGCACCAGGCCCACCCUUACCUCCACCAUUGCCAGCAGGCGCUAUUAAAAGAGGUCCUCCAGCACCAUCAGUGACAGGAAAGAAAGCUCCUGCACCCCCACUCCCACCACCUCAAGCACCAAAACCACCUGGAACUGUACCCCCUCCACCACCAAGCUCAAAGAUCUCAAAUGCACCAGCACCACCUCCAUUACUGGGAAGGGGAAGAGCAGCAACCGGAUCAGCAAAAGGUCGCGGCAUUGGAUUGGCGCUUCAAAGCAACCCCCCAAAGAAAGCUUCAUUAAAGCCUUUGCACUGGGUGAAAGUUACACGAGCGGUGCAAGGAAGUCUCUGGGCGGAUGCCCAAAAUCAAGGGAAUCAGGCUAGGGCUCCUGAUAUUGAUAUGUCCGAGUUAGAGACCUUGUUCUCCACUGCCGUUGCAACCAAUGCAAGUGAAAAAGGAGGAACGAAGCGUGGCUCUGCUAUUAGCAAGCCAGAAAUUGUUCACCUGGUUGAUAUGAGAAGAGCAAAUAAUUGUGAGAUCAUGCUUACCAAAAUCAAAAUGCCUCUUCCUGAUAUGAUUAGCGCGAUCUUGGCUUUGGAUACUUCUGUUCUUGAUAAUGACCAAGUGGAGAAUCUCAUUAAGUUUUGCCCUACAAACGAAGAAAUCGAGAUGUUGAAGAACUACAACGGAAACAAAGAAAUGCUUGGAAAAUGUGAACAGUUUUUCCUGGAGCUAAUGAAAGUUCCUCGCGUCGAGUCCAAACUAAGAGUUUUUGCUUUCAGAAUUGCAUUCUCAACACAGGCAGAUGAGCUAAGAACUAACUUAACCACCAUAAAUGAUGCAACGAAAGAGGUGAAAGAGUCACUGAAGUUACGGCAGAUAAUGCAGACCAUUCUCACAUUAGGGAAUGCAUUGAAUCAAGGAACAGCACGAGGUUCUGCUGUUGGCUUCAGAUUGGAUAGUCUUCUUAAACUAUCGGAUACUCGAGCUAGGAACAAUAAGAUGACACUAAUGCACUAUUUAUGCAAGCUUCUUGCUGAAAAGUUGCCCGAGCUUCUUGAUUUUGACAAAGACUUGAUUCAUCUGGAAGCAGCUUCGAAGAUCCAAUUGAAGUUGCUUGCUGAAGAAAUGCAAGCAAUAAACAAAGGUCUUGAGAAGGUUGAGCAGGAAUUAGCUGCUUCAGUGAACGAUGGAGCCAUAUCUGUUGGCUUCCGCAAGGCAUUGAAAUGCUUUCUCGACUCAGCAGAAGCUGUAGUUAGGUCCCUCAUUUCCUUGUACUCAGAAGUGGGAAGGAACGCUGAUUCCCUAGCUCAAUAUUUUGGUGAAGAUCCAGCCCGCUGCCCUUUUGAGCAAGUUACAUCGAUUUUGGUUGUUUUCGUGAAUAUGUUCAAGAAAUCACGUGAUGAAAAUGCUCGAACUGUGGAAGCUGAGAGGAAGAAAAUGGAAAAGGAAAAGGCAAGUAUGUCUACUAUAAAAGGAUCGGAGUGAGGACAUUUCUAAGCCAAUCUUCCAUCUUUGUGAUCCCGCUGAGGAGCUGCCGCAGAAUGUUACAUACACCGGAGCCCACUUCUGCUUUUUGAUGCUCAAUGUAGUAUACAGAGGUGUAAUGUCAGAAGGAUUAGGCUCGUUGGCUGCGCGUCAUCCACUAAAAUGGUUGCUCACGGUUUGCAAUGUAAGGAAACUUUUUUGUGAUUCUCACUAGCAGGCGGGUUUGUGGCAAACAUUCCUGAAACGAAAUGCAGGGAGGAUUGAGGCCGCUGUAGUGUUGUACAUAUAUCAGUUGCUGAUACAUAGCUUUCUUACAUGUACAUAAAGUUAGCUCAAGUGGAUGCAAAGCAAAAGAUCAUGAUUGUUGUAAAAUUUCUUGUAACAUCAACAGCAGACUGGUGCCAUUUUCGCAGAGUGCGCGAGCAAGUCAGCCAGUUAACUAAGCGCCUACAAUGUAUUGUGCCUUUAUGCGAUUAUUAUUAUUGUUUCUGUUA